UAUUUUGAAAUUUUUGAUUUUUUUCCCUUUUUGGGUUUUAUUGGUAUACUUUUGCCAUCUUGCUUUCGUCAAUGUCAAAUAAUGAGCUAGUUAAAAUCAAGAAGCUGGGAAAUAAAUUCUUCAUAUUUAACGCCAAAGAUGUUGAAAAGCUACGCUGUAAGCAUCGUAUAGUGGGCGCUUUGGACGGCACACUAACGCAAGCACCUUUACAAAAUAAUUAUAUGGGAUUACCGCUCGUAUUAUUACCUGAGGAAGUGGAUCUUUUACUGAAAAAAGGUUUUGCUACGUUAACUGAUCCUUCUCAACGUAUUGAUUUAACGGAAAAUCAAAAAAUACGCGCUACUAUCUUUGAUUACUUUUGGACAAAAGGCUAUUAUAUUACCAGCGGCAUCAAGUUUGGCGGUGAUUUUCUUUUGUAUCCAAAUGAUCCUUUAGUUAUUCACAGCCAGUAUAUCGUUCAUGUCGUCCAGGAUGAGGAGAAUGAAAAUGUAUCACCCGUAGAUAUUGUCAGGAUGGGAAGAGUGGCUACUAGUACGAAAAAGAUAGCAAUACUAGCAUCUCCAGCUAUAAAAUUAGCAAUCCAAUGGGCAGGAUUUUAAAAGUGCGGAAAAACUCGCGUUUUGGAACGCCUAAUGAGCUAUUUUACUGAAAGUUACCACGAUUACAAAUUAUUUAAAGAAAAUUGCAGUAGUGGUGUAUUUUAUAUAUAUAUGACUAAAAAGCAAGUUCUAUA